AUGGCGAGUCAAGCAGUAGCUAACGGCGAUGCGGCAGCUACCAAUGCAGCUGUAUUAGCACGACGCUCCUUGCCUACUCCUCCUACUUGCACUCCAGUAGAACUGAAUGGUCAACUUCCAACUGUUGGAACUCUUGUCUUGAACGAUGGAUCUGCAUAUCAAGGGAUCUCUUUUGGAGCUGAAUCAAAAUCAAUUGCUGGAGAAUGUGUCUUCCAGACUGGAAUGGUUGGAUAUCCUGAAUCCUUGACUGAUCCAUCGUACAGAGGUCAAGUUCUUGUUUUGACGUUUCCUCUGAUCGGAAACUAUGGUGUCCCAUCACGAUCGGAAAUCGAAAAAUUCGCAUCCAUACCUAAAUAUUUCGAGUCAAAUCGUAUUCAUAUAUCUGCAUUGGUCGUCGGUCAGUACUCGGGAGACUACUCUCACUACUUGGCCACAUCCUCUUUGGGUGCUUGGCUCAAAGAGAAUGACGUACCAGCUAUAUACGGCGUAGAUACGAGAGCUAUCACCAAGUCAAUCCGAACAAAGGGUGUAUUGUUAGCAAAACUACUCUUCCCAAAAGCUCUCGUUGGAGCAGGCGUCACGUCAUCAUCACCCAGUCACUCACCAGGUCUAAAUGGUUUGGUAGCUACAGACUCGGAAAUAGACUUGACGGCAUCCUUCUCUCUAGCUGCAUCCGCUACGGCUACUAGAGCAUGGAUGAACGACUUAUCGAAUAUAGACUGGCAUGAUCCAAACGAACGGAAUCUAGUAGGCGAGGUAUCUAUCACCACACCAGUCACAUAUCAUCCAGACCCAUCUGUAAAUGCUGUAAAAGGACCUGAUGGUAAAACUUUACGCAUCAUGGCUGUAGAUGUCGGCAUGAAGAACAAUCAAAUACGAUGCUUUCUGAAACGAGGUGUAGAACUGACUGUGGUGCCCUGGAAUUACGAUUUCGUGGCUCAUCAAAAGGAAUAUGAUGGUCUCUUCAUCAGUAACGGACCAGGUGAUCCAUCAACCGUCACUCCAACAAUAACCAAUCUAAAACAGCUACUCGCUCAACAAACCAAACCUAUAUUCGGUAUCUGUCUUGGUCAUCAACUAUUAGCUCUUGCAGCAGGUGCUAAAACGUCAAAACUCUUGUUUGGUAACCGUGGUCAUAAUAUUCCAUGUACCGAUCUACGAACCAAUCGCUGCUACAUCACUUCCCAAAACCACGGUUUUGCAGUAGAUGUAUCAACUCUCCCUGACGGAUGGGAAGCCACAUUCAUCAAUGCAAAUGAUGAAUCAAACGAAGGUAUCGGACACACCCGAUUACCAUACUUUAGUGUCCAAUUCCAUCCGGAAUCAACUCCUGGUCCUUGGGACACUGAAUACUUGUUUGAUGAAUUCAUCGAGUCUGUAUUGGAGUGUAAAAAGGCUGGUAAACUGGUGCCUCGACGAGUACCUGUUAGACCAGCACCACCAAUGAGACAACGACCACGUAAAGUUUUGAUUUUGGGAUCUGGUGGUUUAUCGAUUGGUCAAGCUGGAGAAUUUGAUUAUUCUGGCUCUCAGGCAAUCAAAGCUUUGAAAGAAGAAGGCAUAUAUACCAUUUUGAUCAACCCAAAUAUUGCUACUAUUCAAACAUCUAGUGGACUGUCAGACAAGGUCUACUUUUUGCCAGUAACACCAGACUUUGUUCGAAUGGUCAUUAAGCAUGAAAAACCUGAUGGUAUAUAUUGUACAUUCGGUGGCCAGACUGCUCUGAAUGUUGGAGUGAAACUCAAAGACGAGUUUGAGGCACUUGGUGUUAAGGUCUUGGGAACUCCAAUCUCUGCUAUAGAAGUCACUGAAGAUCGAGAACUCUUUGCUCAGAAAAUGAUGGAAAUUGGUGAACAAUGUGCUCGUUCAGCCUCUGCUACUUCAGUAGCUGAAGCUGUAGAAGUGGCCAAUGCUAUUGGAUAUCCAGUCAUUGUAAGAGCUGCCUACGCUUUGGGUGGUUUGGGAUCUGGAUUUGCUUCAAAUGAAGAUCAACUAGUAGAAUUGACUACUCGAUCAUUUGCUACGUCUUCUCAAGUUCUGGUUGAACGAAGUAUGAAGGGAUGGAAGGAGAUUGAAUAUGAAGUUGUGCGUGAUGCAGCAGAUAAUUGUAUCACCGUCUGUAAUAUGGAGAACUUUGAUCCACUGGGUAUUCACACUGGAGACUCGAUUGUCGUAGCUCCAUCUCAAACCUUGUCUGAUGAUGAUUACAUGAUGUUGCGCCGAACUGCUGUAAACGUCAUUCGUCAUUUGGGAGUUAUUGGAGAAUGUAACAUCCAAUAUGCUCUCAAUCCACUCUCACGAGAGUACUGUAUCAUUGAAGUCAAUGCUCGAUUGUCUCGUAGUUCGGCAUUGGCUAGUAAAGCUACUGGCUAUCCACUUGCAUUCGUUGCUGCCAAAUUGGGUCUAGGCAUUCCAUUGACUGAAGUUCGAAACUCCGUCACGAAAAAGACUAUUGCUUGCUUUGAACCAAGUUUGGAUUAUUGUGUGGUCAAGAUUCCAAGAUGGGACUUGAAAAAGUUCUCUCGUGUUAGCACCAAAAUCAGCUCUGCCAUGAAAUCUGUGGGUGAAGUCAUGGCCAUCGGCCGAACUUUUGAAGAAACAAUUCAAAAGGCUAUUCGUGCUGUAGACUAUCACUUCAUUGGAUUCUUUGAGAAUGACUACGUACACACCAUUGAUGACGAAUUACAAAACCCGUCAGAUCAACGUGUAUUUGCUAUCGCGAAUGCUCUUCAUCAAGGCUACACGGUUGACAAGAUUCACGAGAUGACUUCAAUUGACAGAUGGUUUUUGAACAAGUUGAAGGGUAUUGUUGAGAUUGAUAAGAAACUCAGCAACUAUACUCUUCAAACACUGCCACGAUCUUUAUUGUCUCGUUCCAAACAAAUGGGAUUUUCUGAUCGUCAGGUUGCCAAAGCUAUUGGUACUUCUGAAUUGGCUUUACGAAAGUUACGUAUCGAUCAAGGAGUUACACCAUUCGUGAAGCAGAUUGAUACCGUCGCUGCUGAAUUCCCUUGCUACACCAACUACUUAUACGUGACUUACAAUGCCUCUGAGCACGAUGUCGCGUUUGACGACAAGGGUGUCAUGGUGUUAGGAAGUGGUGUAUACCGUAUUGGAUCAUCCGUCGAAUUCGAUUGGUGUGCUGUACGCUGCAUACGAACACUUCGAUCACUUGGCCUCAAAACCAUCAUGAUCAACUAUAAUCCAGAGACCGUGUCCACAGACUAUGAUGAAGCCGACCGUCUAUAUUUCGAGACAUUGACAUUAGAACGUGUCCUCGACAUCUAUGAAUUAGAAAAGUCGGAUGGUGUUGUGGUAUCUAUGGGUGGUCAAACUCCUAAUAAUAUUGCUCUGCCAUUAUAUCGUGAGAAUGUCAAGAUUUUGGGUACGACACCUGAAAUGAUUGAUAAUGCUGAAAAUAGAUACAAGUUUUCACGUAUGCUCGACAAGAUUGGUGUCGAUCAACCUUUAUGGAAGGAAUUGACGUCAAUUGAAGAAGCCAAGACAUUCUGUGGUAAAGUGCAAUACCCAGUCUUGGUCCGACCCUCAUAUGUCUUGUCUGGAGCAGCCAUGAAUGUAGUAUACUCAGAGCCAGACUUGUCACAAUACUUGCAAAUGGCAGUCAACGUAUCACGAGACUUCCCAGUCGUUAUAUCUAAAUUUAUAGAAGAAGCCAAAGAGAUUGAAAUGGACGCAGUUGCCUUAAAUGGUAAACUCGUCAUGCAUGUCAUCUCUGAACACGUUGAGAAUGCUGGUGUACAUUCUGGAGAUGCUACACUCAUUCUGCCACCUCAGGACUUGGAUCCAGAAACCGUUCGUAAAAUAGAAGUCGCUACUCGUAAAAUCGCCAUGGCCUUGAACGUUACAGGACCACUCAACAUCCAGUUUAUUGCUAAAAACAACGAAAUCAAGGUUAUAGAAUGUAAUGUCCGAGCAUCUCGUUCCUUCCCAUUUGUCAGUAAAGUCUUGGGAGUGGAUUUGAUUGAAAUGGCAACUAAGGCUAUCGUCGGUGAAGCGUUUGAUGCUUAUCCACCAGUAGAAGAACGUAAAGACUAUGUUGCUGUCAAAGUACCACAAUUCAGUUUCUCGAGAUUGUCUGGAGCUGAUCCGAUUUUAGGAGUUGAAAUGGCAUCAACUGGUGAAGUAGCUUGCUUUGGUAAAGAUAAAUAUGAAGCAUAUCUAAAGGGCUUACUAGCUACCGGCUUUAUAAUGCCAAAGAAGAAUAUCUUGUUGUCUAUUGGUGCAUACAAGGAAAAGAUGGAAUUCUUGCCUUCUGCACGUAGACUCAAUCAAAUGGGAUAUAAGCUGUUUGCCACGUCUGGCACUGCUGACUUUCUGCAGGAGCACGAUGUGCCUGUAAAAUACCUUGAAGCCUUGGAUGACGAAGACUCACAAAAGGCAGAAUACUCUCUGACAGCCCAUCUUGCUACUCACUUGAUUGACCUAUACGUAAACCUGCCAUCUAAAAACAAGUUCCGUCGUCCAGCUUCGUAUAUGAGUCGUGGAUAUAGGUCUCGUCGUAUGGCAGUCGACUUUGCCAUUCCAUUGAUUACCAACAUUAAAUGUGCCAAACUCUUUGUCGAAGCUAUAAGUAGACAUCGUGAAUUUGAAAUCUCGAGUGUAGAUUAUAAGACCUCACAUAAAACCGUAACCUUGCCUGGUCUCAUCAACAUCUCGACCUUUAUACCCAACUUGGCAACUGCCGAAUCAUCUGAAUUUGUACAAGCAUCUAGGUCUGCAUUGGCGGGUGGAUUUACCAUGUUGUGCUUGAUGCCACAAGGUGAAGCUUCGGCUGAUUCUCUUAAGGAUAAAAGGUCUAUGGCUAUCGCUCAAAGUAAUUGUAGAUCAAAAGCCUUCUGUGAUUACGCCUUGUCAGUGGGUGCCUGUCACGAGAAUGCCGCCAUAUUGGAUAAUGUAGCAGGUGAUAGUGUAUCCUUGUAUGUCACGUUCGAUGCAGAACGAUGCCCAACUUUGGCUUUAAUGGGUAUGAGUGACUUGACUGCCCACUUCCGUACUUGGCCCAAGGAAUUGCCUAUAAUCGCAGCGGCUCAAGACGCUGAUUUGGCAUCGGUACUCUUCCUUGCCAACAUUCAUUCUCGAUCCGUCCAUAUCACGAACGUCAUAAAAGAAGAAGAUAUGAGUCUCAUUAUAUUGGCUAAGGAAAAGGGUGUCAAUGUCACUUGCGAUGUUGCCAUUCAUAAUCUCUUCUUCUCCAAUGCCGAUUUGGCAUCGCCAUUAUUGGGUAGUCCACAAGAUGUCGAGGCAUUAUGGGACUUAUUGGCAUUUAUAGAUUGCUUCUCGGUUGGUCCACUCUUGUCGCUACUGAAGCAGGAUGGCCAAACAGCAUACAAGGAUGGAUUGGAGGAUUCCCUUCCACUCUUGUUGAACGCAGUGUCUCAAGGUCGUUUGACUAUGGACGACAUUGCAACGAAAUUAUACCAUAAUCCACGAGCCAUAUUCGAUUUGCCUGAACAACCUGAAACAUAUAUAGAAGUUGAAAUCGAACGUCGUCGACCAACCAAGGUCAAGAUUGGUAAAACCGAAUUGGCCCUUGAUGGUGUAGUACAUAGAGUAGUAUUUAGAGGCGAGACUGUAUACCUUGAUGGUGGUAUAUUCGGACAGGCGUCUGGUCGUGAUGUAACUGGAUUGGUCCGUAUUGUUUCUGGCAAAACUGGAGUUGUAUCAAACUCUCGACGUGGAACCAUGACUUCUCAUCGACCAGUACCACUCACCAUGAAUGCUGAUCAAUCACCUAAUGCCUUGAUGGAUGCAUUGACUCCCAAGUCUCCUCGUGGACGACUCAUGUCUAGCAAUGAUCCAAUAUCAGCCUUCCUUGCUGCUCGUCAACCACCAAUUGCAGGUGAAUCCCCUGCUGGAAUUCCUUCUGCUAAUAUGGCUCCUCGUGGUAGUACGGAUGCUGCUGCUGUCGCCAUGAAGAAUUGGUUGACAUCACCUGCAUCUGUUACGAAAGAUGGAUUGAUCGAUGGAAGAGCUCAAGAAGAAACGAAUUCAGAAGGCGAAGCUGUCGCACUGGCUACAGUUAGCAAGGCAUUGCAGCGCACAUUCCAGCAAACUCUGGAUGUAGCUCAAACUCAAUAUCUCUCUGAACUACCUGGAUCUAUAUCAUCGGUAGUAUCUAAAUCUCCAUUCUAUCGCAAACACGUACUAUCCGUUAAGCAGUACACUCGACCUGACUUGCACAUCUUGUUUGGUGCUGCAUCAGAAAUGAGAGUUUUGGUUGAAAAACAAGGAUGUAUUCCAUUACUACAAGGCAAAGUCUUGUGCUCAGCCUUCUAUGAAGCUUCGACACGAACAUCUAGUAGUUUUGAAGCUGCCAUGUUGAGGUUGGGUGGUCAAGUUGUUGGAAUCAAUCAAAUUACUAGUUCUAUCGCCAAGGGUGAAAGUUUGGCCGAUACAGUACGAACUUUGAGUUGCUACGGUGAUGCUAUCGUCAUGAGACACCCUGAUCAUGGAUCGGCGUCUACAGCAGCAAAGUAUUCUCCAGUACCCGUCAUCAACGCAGGUGAUGGUACAGGUGAACAUCCAACUCAGGCGCUAUUGGACGUAUAUACUAUACGAGAAGAACUAGGUACUGUAAAUGGACUCACGAUUACCAUGGUUGGUGAUUUGAAGAAUGGACGAACAGUUCAUUCCCUUGCACGUCUCCUAUGUAAUUACGACGUCAAGAUCAACUAUGUCGCACCACAAUCACUACGCAUGCCAGAUGAAAUUAGAGCUGAAGUCAAACGAGCUGGUCUGAAACGACAAUAUGAGACAACCUCACUAGACGAAGUUAUUGGUGAGACUGAUGUCUUGUACGUCACACGUAUCCAGAAGGAACGAUUCACCGAUCUCGCUGAAUACGAAAAGGCAUUGGGAUCCUAUAUUAUUACCACUCGUACUUUACAAAAAGCCAAACCACAAAUGAUUGUCAUGCAUCCUCUACCACGGGUAAAUGAGAUUGAUCCUGAAGUAGACUUUGAUCCCAGGGCAGCAUACUUUAGGCAAAUGAAGUAUGGAAUGUAUGUCAGAAUGGCGUUGUUGGCUCUUGUUAUGGGUCGAACAUAG